AUGAAGACUCACAUGUUAGUACAUUCUAAUGAUAAACCUCAUGGGUGUCCAGAGUGUGGGAUAAGAUUCCGUCAUCUUAAAAGUAUGAAACGUCACAUUGUAGUACAUACUAAUGAUGAACCUCAUGGGUGUCCAGAGUGUGGGAAGAGAUUCCGUCAUUAUGGAACUAUGAAGCGUCACAUGUUAGUUCAUUCGGAUGAUAAGCCUUAUGAGUGUCCAGAGUGUGGGAAAAGGUAUUGUCAUCUUGGAAGUAUGAAAAGUCACAUGUUAGUACAUACUGCUGAUAAACGUGAUGAGUGUCCAGAGUGUGGAAAGAGAUUCAGGCGGCCUGGAAGUAUAAAGAGACACAGAGUAGUGCAUACAGAUGUAAGGCCUUUUGAGUGUGCCGAGUGUGGCAAAACAUUUAAGGAACGUGGACGUAUAGCACAGCACAUGGUAGUGCAUUUAGAUGGUAAACCUCAUGAAUGUCCAGAGUGUGGGAAGAGAUUCCGUCAUCCUGGAAGUAUAAAGUGUCACAUGUUAGUACAUACGGGUGAGAAACCUUAUGAGUGUCCAGAGUGUGGGAAAAGGUUCAGUCAGCUUGGAAAUAUGAAAAAUCACAUCUUGGUACAUACAAAUGAUAAAGUUCAUGAGUGUCCAGAGUGUAGAAAGACAUUCAGUCGUCUAUCAAGUAUGAAAAAGCACAUGAUGGUACAUUCGGUUGAUAGGGUAAACAUUUUUAAUGUGUGA